AUGGCUAGGUUUUUGAUGUUAUUGAUAGUGGUGGUGAUUGUGGAUGCGUAUAACCACCACCCGAAGUUCCCGAAGUCCGUCGCCUCCGAGAGCGAAGUGCAGCGUGGCGUGAAGAUAGUUGACUGCAACGGCACUCAUGACAAAUUAAGGAAUGAUCUGAUUGUGAAAUCAAGUUGUGGCGAACCCAAAGAAGUGUUUGAAAAACUUACUGUGGCGGGUUCCUUUUUACAGGUGACGCCGAGCCAUGUCUGGGUCAAGAGGUGUGUCGGACUCUGUAGCUAUGGACCCACCGGUUCACAAUGCACGCCCACUAAAACUAGAAAAGAACACAUUCCUGUUCGAAUAUUUGACCUGAAGACGAAAAGAGAAAGCUGCUCGACGUAUGAGAUGGUGGUGCAUGAGUCAUGUGGCUGUUGCGUCUCUGGCGCAAAGGAAUGUUCAGCGCCUAAGAUAUUCAACCCUCGUAAGUGCUCCUGUCAGUGCCCCAACAUGAACGAAAGGAGGAAUUGUCUCAAAAAGAGAAAUAUGAAUAUGAAAUGGAAUAGGUCCAAAUGUACUUGUGAACCACGAAAAAAAGUGACCAGUUGGUGA